ACAAGGAGAUCCGAGCGCAUCAAGUCACUGCGGCUCAUCAACCAAAAACAAAUCCCAACCCAGCACCGAAGAAGACAUGCAGGCCACAAAGAACGGAAUCUGUUGGAGACUUUUUCUAUUUUCAUGCCUGUUUUUGGAGAGUUCAUCUCAAGCCUUUGGCGGACAGACGCAGUUCAUUUGCACGUCCGUACCCAAGGAUAUGGACAUUUGCGCAGCCACUUUGCAGAACAGUGUGCCAGGAGAGGACUUGAAGACCACUGUUAUGCAGCUGCGGGAGACGGUUUUGCAGCAGAAAGAGACGAUCAUGAACCAAAAAGAGACUAUCAGAGAACUGACCUCAAAGUUGGCUCGGUGUGAGAGCCAGAGCGGCGCCGAGCCCGGGGACGCGCGGCCCGGGGGCAGGAGGAAAGAAGCUGGGACCAAAAACACAAUGGGGGAUGUAUCGAGGGGCCCCGCUGACACUUUGGCGCAACUAUCACAGACUUUACAGUCGCUGAAGCAGAGAUUAGAAAACCUGGAGCAAUUCAGCAGGAGUAACAACUCGGUGCAGGCGAACAGCCUCAAAGACCUGCUCCAAAGUAAAAUCGACGACCUAGAGAAGCAGGUGUUGUCCCGAGUGAACAGCAUCGAGGAGGGGAAUCCCGGACUUCGCAAUGAGACGGAGCAGCGUGGGAGAGUGGAGUCUACCCUCACAUCUCUACACCAGAGGAUCACCGACCUGGAGAAAGGUCAAAGAGAAAACAGGCCUCUGGAUAAAUUCCAGCUCACGUUCCCACUGAGAACCAACUACAUGUACGCAAAAGUGAAGAAGAGUUUACCAGAGAUGUACGCCCUCACUGUGUGCAUGUGGCUGAAGUCCAACGCGUCUCCGGGAGUGGGCACACCUUUCUCCUACGCGGUUCCGGGUCAAGCCAAUGAGCUGGUCCUCAUAGAGUGGGGAAACAACCCAAUGGAGUUACUAAUAAAUGACAAGGUUGCUAAGCUACCUAUCCUUAUCAAUGAUGGAAAGUGGCACCACAUCUGCAUAACCUGGACCACUCGCGAUGGUGUUUGGGAAGCUUUCCAAGAUGGCGUCAAGAGAGGGAGUGGAGAGAACCUGGCUCCAUAUCAUCCUAUCAAACCACAGGGCCUGCUGAUCCUCGGUCAAGAGCAGGACAUGCUGGGAGGAGGAUUUGAUGCCACACAAGCUUUUGUUGGAGACCUGGCAAAUUUUCACAUCUGGGAUCGGAAACUAUCUGUCGGAGAGAUAUACAAUCUAGCGACGUGCAGCAGCAAGGCACAGGUGGGCAACGUUUUUGCGUGGAUGGAGACGAACCUUGAUAUUUACGGAGGUGCCUCGAAGUGGACAUUUGAAGCUUGUCGCCAGCUCAACUGAACUGCAGGGAAGAGAAGAUCAACACAUUUGUUAAAGCCACUCUGUUGUCACAGCAUCGGUAAACUAAUGUGAAAGAUCAGGAUUAUUUCAAUGAAUAGCAUCUGGAUUUGUUAUAGAUAUUUGAAAACAUCAUUUGUGGACACUGGAUAGAUUUUUUUACCAGAUACUCAUGAGGAACAGGUCACUGCAAAUGGAUGCUUUGGCAUCCUGUAGUGCUCGAAUGCACCGUCAAGCCUAAUUGUGGUUUGAAAAAAAGCAGCCCGGAGCCGCUCCAGAGAGCAGAGGAUGCUCUCUGAGACCAAAAUGCCCGGCCAGCAUCAAAAGUACAGUAGGUCAUGUAGUUUUUAGCCAACAGAUGUCACGCAAUUCAACAAAAAUGACUGACUUCUUCAAAUGUCUUUUCUGUCUCGACUGCCAGGGAUUUUCACUGUGAAAAAGGACAAGGUGGACUUCUUUAAAAGGAACGUGCUCUUCAAGAGGUCACGAAUUAGACAACAUUGUUUCUCUCUCACCAUUUGUUCUCUACCACCACCUGCUUGACGUGAUUAUCUGUAAAGGACGUAUUUAUUGCCAACCUUCGAGCCUGAGUGCCUUGGGCUGUUGAAAAAAAAAAACUCAGCACAUUCAUUAUGAUUUGCAGUGUUCGUUUAUUUUACUGUUAAUUAAUUUUGAAAAGAAGUGUUUCUUGUAAGACUCUGAAUGGAGGUAGGAUCCGAUUGUUCAUUGUAAAUGGAUGAGAUUGUUUAUUGUAAAAUGCAAUUCAUUGAUGAUAAUGACGCAUUUUGCAGAUGUUUGUACUUCAAUGGGAAUGUUCUCUGUACAGUAACAGCAUGUCUUAACUUCUGUAAAUGCUGCGUCAGCAUCUAUGAUCUUUGCUUUUACUAUCUGACUUCUGGUUUGAGAUUUUAUACUGUAUUGUUAUAUGCUUAAAGCAUGGCAAC